CAGCGAUUUGCUAUAAGUCUGAAGACUAAUAGCAGAUAAAAAUGUUGACUGUAUUGGUUUUAGCAGCAUUGAUCAUGGUUUCAGUCGAAUCAGAUCCCUCGAGCACAGAAGAAUGGAAAUCUCUGAGCAAUCCAAAAAGCAGAAUGCUGUUUUUCCAGAUUCUGCAGUCAUACCUUGAUGGCCGAGAAAAUCAAGCUGGUGACAGCAACCUGGCAAAUACUGCACUGGAUAAAUACAGCAACUUUCUCCACAAUAGCAUUUUUGAUGUUGAAUAACAUUGCAUCAAAUGGUAUUUUAUUAUUAUAUCUGUAAUUACCAGAUAUAUUAAAGAUAAACCUGUGCGAUUUACUUGGUUGAAGAAUC